AUGUUCGACGACGAUAAUAAUAAUACCGGACCGGUGUAUCUGAAGCAUCGGAAUUUCGCCGAGUCCGCGUACAGACGGCAGCAGCCUCAACCGAUAAGUGCGGUGCAGUUGGCAAAUUCGGCGUUCAAUUCGAAAGCCAACAAAGGGAAUAAUAUCAGUAAUCUUGAAAUACAAGACGAUCAUGGCAUGCCGGUAAACUACGUAAGAAUAAAAGCCUUGGAAGACGAUAUACGGAUGAAUAUAAUUAGCGACAAAAAUUCAUUGCACAGAGCCAUCACUCCAGUACUAAUUCUGGCACAAAUUUGCGCUCUUUUACCAGUUCAAGGUAUUCGAGGGCAAAACACUAGUUAUUUAGUAUUCAAUUGGUUCAGUUGGCCAGUUAUUUAUGUCUUCAUUGUCAUUUCUGCGUCUCUCCUAAUUCUUUCAUUUUCACUCAUCAAAAUAUAUAUGACUGGACUGACGUACUACAGCACGGGAGAAAUAAUGUUUUUCGGAAGUUCACUGGUAAUUUACAUUCUAUUUAUUCAUUUGGCAAGGGAAUGGCCAAAAGUUAUGGAAAAAUGGGAACUAAUGGAACGUGAAAUGAGACAAUUUGGUUACCCUUCCAAAACGGCCUUUAAGUUCAAGAUCCUUACAAGUAUCAUAAUGGUGCUUGCUAUAACUGAACAUUCUGCUUCCGUUUUGACAGGAAUAAUGAAAGCAAUUCCUUGUUCGACGGGUGGACUUGAUAUUUUUCGAGCUUACUUUUCCAUGUCUUUUCGUCAAGUCUUUACAUUGAUUAAUUAUUCACUCGUAAUUGCUAUACCUUUAGGAUUUUUAAAUCUUAUGCUUGCUUGUGCUUGGAAUUAUAUGGAUUUAUUUAUUAUCAUACUAGCAUGUGCGUUGUCCGAUAAAUUUAAGCAGCUCAAUCAAAAACUAGCCAGUGUCAAAGGAAAGGUGCUUCCAAGUACGUAUUGGCGGAAAUCGAGAGAAACAUAUAACCUAUUAGCGUCGUUAACUCAAGACUUUGAUGAGUUUUUGUCACCGGUGAUAUUAUUAUCAUUUGCUAACAAUUUGUACUUUAUUUGCUUACAGCUUCUAAACAGUUUGAAACCAAUGCACAACGUUUGGGAGGCUAUUUACUUCGUGUUUUCAUUUACAUAUUUGGUUGGAAGAACAUGUGCAGUAUCUUUAUAUGCUGCUUCCAUAAACGAUCAAAGCAAAAAACCAAAAGCAAUCUUAUUUUCUGUGCCGACCGAAAGUUAUGGAGUGGAGGUAGCAAGAUUUUUAACACAAGUAACAUCUGAUGAAUUAGCAUUGACCGGAUGCAAUUUUUUUUCGGUCACUAGAACAUUAAUGUUGACGGUUGCUGGAACAAUUGUCACAUACGAGAUCGUAUUGAUACAAUUCAACAGUGUAAAUAAUGACGGAAAUGGUCAAAAUUAUACAGCUGUUUACUGUCCAUAAUUAUUGUAAUUUAUAUUAAAUACUUUUCAAUAUUCGAGAAAAAAGUAUAGAUACCAUUACAAC